AUGUCGCCCGCCAUCACCAACUCGCCUCCCCUCAACGCCGGCCUGCCCGAGUCCCGGGUCCUCAUCAUCGGCACCGGAGGCACGAUAUGCAUGCAGGAAGGGCCCGACGGCCUUGCGCCCAGCGAGGGAUUCCUCGAGAGCGCCAUGGCGCCCAGGACGACGUUUAAUGACUUUUCAGAGCCCAGUGUCAAACUUCAAGCCUGCCGCAGCGGCGAGAUGGUCCAGCUCGACAGCCUACGCACCCCCCCGACGGCCUACAAGCGCCACGUCCGCUACUCCGUCCUCGAGUUCAACCCCCUGCUCGACUCGAGCAGCAUCUCCGCCGCCGACUGGGCCAACAUGGCCACGGCCAUCAAGGACAACUACCACCUCUUCGACGGCUUCGUCAUCCUCCACGGCACCGACUCCCUCGCCUACACGGCUUCGGCCCUGUCCUUCAUGCUCGCCAACCUCGGCAAGCCCGUCAUCCUCACCGGCUCCCAGGCGCCCAUCUUCGCCCUCCAGUCCGACGCCGUCGACAACCUGCUCGGCUCCCUCAUCAUCGCCGGCACCUUCGUCAUCCCCGAGGUCUGCCUCUUCUUCCGCGACACCCUCUACCGCGGCAACCGCACCACAAAGGUCUCCGCCGCCUCCUUCGACGCCUUCGCCAGCCCAAACUGCGAGCCCCUCGCCAGGGUCAACGGCCUCGGCGUAAACGUCAACUGGCACCUCGUCCUGCGGCCCACCACCAUCGCCGGCUUCGACGUCUUCAAGCACCUCGACACCACCCACGUCGCCUGCCUGCGCGUCUUCCCCGGCAUCAAGCCCGAGAUGGUCGACGCCGUCCUCCACCUGCCCGACCUCCGCGGCCUCAUCCUCGAGACCUUCGGCAUGGGCAACGUCCCCGGCGGCGUCGGCGGCCGCCUCACAGACGUCAUCCGCUCCGCCGUCGACCGCGGCAUCAUCGUCGUAAACGUCAGCCAGUGCGUCAACGGCUUCGUCUCCCCCGUCUACGCCCCCGGCACCCAGCUCGGCCGCGUCGGCAUGACCGAGAUCGCCCACCCAAGCUUCUCCCACCCCACCCCGCCCCUCGACGCCGCCGCCCGCCUCACCCCCGUCGAGUCCGCCUUCGCCGCCCUCGGCUACGCCAUCCAGAACGGCGAGAUUGACGUCGUCAAGCAGCUGCUCGAGGGCGAGGGCAGCCAGCUCCUCAAGAGCGCUGACUACGCCGGCAACACCGCUGUCCACCUCGCUGCCGUCACGGGCAACACCGAGAUCAUGCUCGAGUUGCUCAAGCGCGGCGCCAGCGUCCACGAGCGCAACAGGGCCGACAACUCGCCCCUCUUCCUGGCCACGCUCUCGGGUAAAGAAGAUUGCGCUCAACUUCUCAAGACGGCUGGCGCACAUCUCUCCGUCGAGGAGAUUGAGAGGGGACCUCUGGCCAAAUAUCGCCAAGAAAAGUCAUAA